AUGAGUGGCCCGUCAGGGCCUAGGAGUCGCGGACUAAGUGCAGCCACAAACAAUACUCUAUCCACCCCCGACACACCUGACUCGCCUGCACACAAUUCUGCGGAGAGAAGUUCAGCCGAUUCUGUCAUAUCCUAUCAAACAGAAGCCUCAUCCAUUGGAACGCUGCCUCCGCUGCAGACCAAGGGACCACCAGAUGAGCAUGAUCGGAUGGACCCGCUUCUUGAGGAUGACCCAAGGAACUUUGAUCUCCUAGCUCCGAUCGAUCAUCAAAGUCAAGAUUAUUCACUCGAAAGGAGGGUUGAGCAGAUCUUGUCCAAGAGACAUCUUCAAGAAAUAUUUGCCGACCCUCCAAUGCUUCACCACUUCACCUCUUUCCUCAGCAACCACAGGCCACAAUCCCUCCCGCUACUUAUCUACUAUCUAGACGCACUGAAAGCGCUACGUGCCAUCAACUACGCAAACGCUGUCGCGGAAGCCCUUGAACCUAUAGAUGGUCUCCCUUUUACCGAGCAUCCCGCUCGACCAACUAUAAAUUCGGUACUGGAAGACAAAGCUCAGCAGGCAUUCCAGGCGCUUGUGGACGAUGAUUUACCGGCAUAUGUCAGCCACGUUUGGGUGCAAGUGGUGAGCAUGAGCAUCCAUAUGAGGAUCACUGGCACUCAACCACCGCAUUUGAGAGAAGCUUCGGAAGGCCUUGCGGAAACUUUUUGUCUCACCGAUCCGUCAAGGAAAGACAAUCCUAUCGUUUUCGCUUCAGAAGAAUUUUACCGGACUACUCAAUACGGCGUAAGUUAUGCCAUUGGACGCAACUGCCGCUUCCUGCAAGGUCCGCAUACAAGCAGACACACUAUCGACAGGUUAAGUCGAGUGCUCAGAGAAGGCAGAGAAUGCUCUGAGGUAAUACUGAACUAUCGCCGAGACGGAUCUCCAUUCCUCAACCUCCUUAUGAUGGCGCCGCUUUUGGAUAGUAAGGGGAACGUUCGCUAUUUCGUUGGGUCUCAGAUUGACGUCAGCGGCCUUGCAAGGGAUUGCACCGAUCUCCCUGCCCUAAAACGUGUGAUCGCCAAAGAAGAAGCGGAAGCAGAAGCAGAAGCAGAAGGCCAAGCACUGCCGUCUCAGGAAGAGGAAAGAGACGAGUUCUUGGAGUUGAGCGAAAUGCUCAACAUAAACGAAGUGGAAACAGUAAGGAAGUUUGGCGGUCGCAUGCACAGGGAACAGGAAGAAGAGUCGUCAGAUGACUCGAGUAUUUACCGCAGGCCAAGGCUGCUAUUGAAGGAUGGAUGCCAGUCAAGUGAGCCUGGAACCGAAAGGUUAGCUCAUGGAAGGCUCAGAUCAACCGGAAAGAUUGGAGGAAUUUACCAGCACUACCUUCUCGUCAGGCCGCACCCGUCGCUCCGGAUCAUCUUUACCUCGCCCUCGUUGCGAGUUCCCGGCAUGCUGCAGUCGCCUUUCCUCAACCGCAUAGGAGGGAGCUUCCGCGUGCGGGAAGAGCUCGUAAGCGCAAUGGCCGAAGGCCGCGGCGUCACAGCAAAAGUGCGCUGGGUGUCGGGCACACGCAGCGAAGACGAAGGCCGCAGUCGCUGGAUCCACUGCACGCCGCUGCUGGGGCAGAACGGCGCCGUCGGUGUGUGGAUGGUUGUGCUGGUCGACGACAACAGCAGCAUUCCCGCCAGCGGCCGGAAACUGAAACUGGCGCCUCCCGUCAGCGGGGAAAUCGGAGCCCGCAAGAACAGUGACAGUGAUACCGCGCGCCGCGAACGCCAGGGCAGCAAUGCUGCCCGCAGGCGCAGCCAUAUCAUCGAUACCAUGGCUUUGAACAAGCACGAACGCACGCCUUCGGCUAGCGAGUUCGACCUCCAUGUGCCGGACCGGCGCAGCCCGGGAUUCCGCUCGGGCUCGCGCCUUGGAGCGCACAGUUCCGCGGGCGGCAGCCUGGGUGCUUCGUUGGACUCGUUCAAGAUUUGA